CCACUCAGAUGGAUGCAGUGUGUGAGGGAAGCGCUGCUUUCGCCACUCUCCACUUUCUCCAUUUCAGGAAUACGGGUCCCGUCUCAUGUCGUCUAAAAGAACCGUCCGCUUUUCUGAAUGCAAAGCAGGCUCACCCGGUGGGUGGCAUCCAUAUCUUGACCAGAGGGACAGGAGAAAAGUGGCUGAGUGAACGAUUCCUUUCUUGAUUAAUAAGACAAGCAUUUACUUUUUCAUCUAGAGCUGGAGUGUAUAUUGCUGGAGAAAAGAAUAGAUCAUUGCAAACUAAGAAAAAUAUUGCUGAAAGUAAGCAAUCAAGGUAGCAAUGUAAUCAUGCUCUACGGUGUUAAAGUGGUAACAGGAAAGGAUUGCUGCCAGACAAUCAAAAGGAGAUGUUAAAUCCGAAUUGCAGAAUCAUUAACUUCAUUCACUGCCUGAAAGAGAAAUGCAGCCUGGAACCAGAAGAGUGUGUCGACCUCAUAGAUGAAGCAGGUGAGCUGAUGUGUUUCAGCGAGAGGGAGAGCUCCCCGGAAUUUGCCAGCAGUUUCCUGAAGGAGAGGCACAACUACAUCCUAAUUAAAGUCACGAGAGCAGAAGGCAGUGAAGGAAAUAAGUAUGAGCCUCUUUUGCAGAACACUGGGAAGAGUUACCCUGAUCUAGCAGAUCUUCUGAAGAAGCUGUCAAAUCCUCUCAAAGACAGGGAUAAGAGGAGCUCACUCUCGAAGAAAGCACGUCUGCUCAAAGAGACUCCAGCUACCCCACAGACAAAGAGCAAACCCACCCCCAGUCUGAGAAAGAACUCCAGUAUCACUUACCGGAAUUGACCAGGCCUCUCCUUGACACCAACCCAACUGCAGAAUUCAGCCACGCAGAGGGAACAUUGGAACCUUAGAAUAAAGGAGUGAAAAAGGGUAGGCAGAAGCUAGACUGUUUCAAAAUAAUAAAUAAACCACAUUAUCUUAUCCAGAAAGUCUUAAAGGCCUAUUGCAACAGUUAUUGUUAAACGUAGGGUAGAGUAACUUCCUCAAUUUCAUUAGAGACACCAUUUAAAGGGGCAUUGUCCAAGUGUGUUAGUUUUUAAUACCCAGUGUACACAGUAAUUACAUACAGUUGAUGUUUUUUUCUUAAAUGUGCUUUUGAGAGGCAAUAUAAAUUAAACAGUGGCCACUCAUCAUUCAACUUCUAGGUGCUAGGUGUUUUUUUUAUAGUAAUGCUAGCUUUCAAAGUGACCAGGGCCCUGUGUACGUUAUACAGAAGCAAUAACCGGGCAUUGUACUCUUAUGAAUAACCGAACACUGGCUGACUCUCUGAUUUCAUCAGUAUGCAUUGUCCUUCAUAUACAAAUGGCCUCGUGACCCUUUUCAGUCCUUAAAAAACAAUGCAUGAAGUGGAGAGUUAUUGGUCACGCUUGUUAGAAUUUCCUGGACAGAAACUACAUCAUAAACUUUCCGCAUGUGCUUUCAGCCUCACCCACUCCACCCACCUGCCAUUAUUUGCUAACAAGACCUUUUUAUAACAUGUUAACUAGUUUCCAUUGUUUUCAUAUGAAAUAAAAAAAACCUU